UAGGAAAGAGAGAGUACGUUUGUUGAACUGUCAAAGUUCACCGGUAGCAUAAAACAACAACACUCAUGUGACAUUGAACCUAACUACCUAGGCCAGUGAAACAAAGCAUAAAUGAUCGUACGAUAUUUAAAUCAAGGUGGCAUACUCAACGCACACUGAACCAAAGAUUUGCAACCUUCUAGGUCAGAACUUCCAAGCUUCUUGAUUCUUUUGAGGUAAAACUACAUGUCACAUGAAAACGUUUCCGGAUAGAUACAAAUCCCUGCAAUGGGUUAGUUCUCCGUCUGUGAGAUCCAGGAAGCACGUGCUCGAUUGCAGUCAUUUGUAGUUAAGUCCCAUCACUUAACCAAUGGCACACACGGGCUGGAGAGACGCUCCUGACCUACCAGACUUCUCAUUGCUCAAGAGACUGGCGAGGGAUCAGCUCAUCUAUCUGCUGGAACAGCUACCAGGCAAAAAAGACCUGUUUAUUGAAGCAGACUUAAUGAGCCCUCUGGAUCGUAUCGCUAAUGUCACCACGUUAAAGCAACACGAAGUAGACAAGUUGUACAAAGUUGAACACAAGCCGAUCGUCAGUACUUCAGAUCAGCUAUGCUUCCUCAUAAGGCCACGAGUACAGACUGUUAAAUGGGUUUGUGAUAUUGUCAAUGCAGACAAGGCAGUAGGAAGAUUCAGGAGAUAUAAGAUCAUAUUUACUCCACAAAAGUUUUAUGUUUGUGAAACAAUUCUUGAAGAACAAGGAGUCUAUGGGGAUGUGACCACAGAUGAAUGGGCUUUUUAUCUCCUGCCACUGGACGAUGACAUCAUCAGUAUGGAGCUUCCAGAAUUCUUCAGAGACAACUUUUUGGAAGGAGACCAGCGAUGGGUGACUACCGCAGGAAGUGCUCUGCACCUGCUGCACACUCUCUAUGGUCCCUUCAACAAGGUGUAUGGGAUUGGCCGAUGUGCCAAGAUGGCCUAUGAGUCCUGGAGGGAAUUGCUGGAGGAGGGUGAACAGAAGUCUCAGAAACCAGACAUCGGAAAUGUUUUUCUGAUUGACAGAGAUGUGGACUUUGUUACACCUCUUUGUUCACAAGUUGUCUACGAAGGUCUUGUGGAUGACAUCUUUAGAAUUAAAUGUGGAAGUGUGGAGUUUGGCCCUGAUGUCACUUCCUCUGACAAAAGUAUUAAAGUGAUGCUGAACUCUCAGGAUAAGGUGUUUAAUGAGAUCAGAAAUGAACAUUUCUCCAAUGUGUUUGGCUUUCUAAGUCAGAAGGCACGGAACCUCCAAACUGCAUAUGAUAAACGGCGUGGUAUGGACAUAAAAGAGAUGAAGACGUUUGUUUCUGAGGAGCUGAAAGGCUUGAAACAGGAACAUCGGCUCCUUAGCCUGCAUAUUGGAGCAAGUGAGUCUAUGAUGAAAAAGAAAACAAAGCAAGAUUUUCAGGAGCUCCUAAAAACAGAGCACUCUUUACUUGAAGGUUUUGAAGUUCGUGAAUGUAUUGCCUUCAUUGAGGAGCACAUCAAUAGACAGGUGUCAAUGAUUGAAAGUCUGAGGCUUCUUUGUCUGUUGUCUAUAACAGAAAAUGGACUGCUCCCUAAGGAUUAUCGGUCCCUUAAAGCACAGUUCCUUCAAAGUUAUGGCAUAGAACACUUAUUGACGUUUGCAAACCUGCGGCAGCUGGGGAUUCUGGUGGAGCAGCAGCCAGGAGAGACACUGACAGUAAUGGAAAGUAAAGUGGGCAAACUGGUCAAUGACAGGACAGCUGGAAAGCUCACUGAAACAUUUUCCUCUUUGGCAAAGAAAAGCAAUUUCCGGGCGCUGAGCAAAAGGCUGACUCUGGUACCAAAGUCGGAUGAGGAAUAUGACCUGCGAGUACCCAAAGACAUGGCCUACAUCUUUAGUGGUGCUUACGUCCCUCUUAGCUGUAAACUGAUUGAGCAGGUGUUGGAGCGGGAUGGCUGGAUGGGAUUGGAAGAGGUCACUCGAAUGAUAAAUGGCCAUGAAUUUGCAGUCACUGCUGGAAGCAAUGGUGGGGAGGCCAGAGUCAAGACCGAUGCCCAGCGGAUCAUCUUAGUCAUGUUCCUGGGUGGAUGCACAUACUCUGAGAUCGCAGCCCUGCGGUUCCUGGGCAAGGAGAAAGGUCUGAAGUUCAUUGUGGUGACGACAGCCAUCACAAACAGUGGCAGAAUGCUGGAGGCGCUUCUAGACCACUGAGCAUCUGAGGACAUCGAGUCAGGGAGGAUCUGUCGAAACCAGGUUGAUUUUGAUUAUGGGUGUCAAGAAACCAGGACCACAAGAGGAAGACAUUUCAGAGACUGACUGUCUAACCUUCCCAGCCCAUGCUUAUACUUUGUACAGAACUUUGCACCUUUUGCUGAUACUGCUCAAGGAUGAUGCAUUUGUAUGUGCCUAUGCCACUGGCUACUAGAUUUAUCACCUGUAGACCUACAAUAGAGGUUUAUGGAAUUCAGGCCUGGUCAGAAGGAAAGUACUGAAGACAUUGGAACUGAAUCUGCGUAGUUAUCUGGUAGUAACUAAUAAAGGUCUGAUACAUUGCA